AUGCGGUCGCCUUCUCAAACCCUCGCUACCGCCGACACCCCAGCAGCCCCCGCCUCUCACCCCGGCCUCGGGCUUGACAGCGACUUGUGGUCUGUAAGCACAGCGCCGGAAGCAGCAGCAGCAGCAGCUGCUGCUGCUGCUGCUGCUGCUGAGGGUUUGGCCAAGGGUUUAGGGUUUGCUGCUGACGAAAUCAACAGCGAAUUAGGAGACCUUAUUGGCGGCAUGCAGCGCUACCACCACCUCGCAAACACCCUCGCAGGGGGCAUGGACCUUGUGUCGGUGGUUGAGGGUUUGCGGCUGAAGAGCUCGCAGCUGCAGCAGCAGCAGCAGCAGCGGCUGCGGGAGAAGACGAAGCAGCAGCUGCAGCAAGCCAGGCUGCGGGCGCAGCAGCAGCAGCAGCAGCUAAGAGAAAAGCUGAUGGCUAGCCAGCUAGCUGCGAAAGACCAAACCAUAGUUAGGCUCCAGGCGCAGCUGCGGGCUGCUCAGCAGCGGGCCACGGAGGCGUCAGCUUCUGCAGCAGCAGCUAGCCAGCAGCAGCAGCAGCAGCAGCAGCAGCAGCAGCAGCUGCUGCUGCUGCAGGGGCUUGAGCUAGACCUUUCGCCCACUCCUCGGGGGGGCCCCCGGGGGGCCCCCCGGGGGGGCCCCCUAGCUGAUUUGCAUGAGAGCUGCGAAGCUCUUGCUGCUGCUGAUCCUGCUGCUGCUGCUGCUGCUGCUGCAGCAGCAGCAGCACUGGACCCUGCUAGCCGGCUGCGGCUUGAACUGGAGGAAAAGCUCUUAAGUUUAAAAAGCUGCUGCUGCAGCAGCAGCAGCAGCAGCAGCAGCAGCAGCAUUUCAAUUCCGGCCAUGAACGAAUGGCUCAAGCUCAACCUUGCAGCGUGGAAGGCUCUCCAACUCCAAGCCCCUUUGCGAGGGUUUGCGCUGCCGGAAAGAGCCACGGAGAAGACAGUGCAGCAGCUGCGGGAAAAAGUCGAAGCAGAAAAAAUAAUUCUUUUCAAAACCCUCAGAGCACUGCAGCACGAAACCCUCAGAUUCGUCAAACAGAUAUGCGAAACUCCGUGGCGUUUUGAAGAGCAAAAGAAGGAAAAAGAAGCAGCAGAAGCAACAGCAACAGCAGCAGAAGCAGCAGCAGCAGCAGCAGAAGCAGCAGCAGCAGAAGCAGCAGACAAGCAAAAGGCAGCAGAAGCAGAAGGAAGGCUUCUUGCUGCAGAGGUUCGCAAGCUGCAGCAGCAACUCGAGAGAAGCAAAGAAGACCUGCAUAAUGAAGAGAAUGAGAAAGAAAAAGCAGCAGCAGCAGCAGCAGCAGCAGCAGCACAAGUGCAGCAGCUGCAGCAGGAAGUUGAGAGGCUGGCACGUUAUGCAGAAGAUAAGCAGCAAGAAACAAAACAAUUAAGAGAAGAUAACAGAUCUCUCGCGGAGUCGCUGAGGACGGCUCAGGAGCGUUUGAGUGAGGGCGCAGCAGCAGCAGCAGCAGCAGCAGCAGCAGGCGCGGGGCCGCUGCAGGACUUGGCUGCGCUGCUGCAGCAGCAAGAAGACACAAUCCAAAGGGCGCUGCUGUCAAGGGCCCCUUCCCGCUUCAUAAUCCGCAGCAGCAGCAAAAGGUGGCUGCCCAGCAGCAGCAGCAGCAGGAGGCUUCCGAGCUGCUUGCGGAGCCGCAGAACUACUUCCUUUGCUGCCAGCAAAGCCACCAGCAGCAGCAGCAGCAGCAGCAGCAGCAGCAGCAGCAGCGGGGGGGAGGAGAAGGCCGCCACUGCAGGCAAAAAGAAGCAGAGGAAGCCACACACAAAAACGCGGAAGCAGCAGCAGCAGCAGCAGCAGCGGCAGCAGCAGCAGCUCGAACUGCAACAAGAGCAGCUGAGACUACAGCAGCAGCAGCAGCAGCAGCAGCAGCAGCAGCAGCAGCAGCUUCUCACGGACCGGAGCGUUUCCCAGCAGCAGCAGCAGCAGCAGCAGCAGCAGCAGCAGCAGCAGCAGCAGCAGCAGCAGCAGCAGCAGCAGUCGCAGCGGUCUCUUUCUUCUGGGGACGCUUCAGAGAUUUGCCGCGCGGAGGCUCGGCUGCAAGAGGCUUCCUCCUUAUUAGUUGCUGUUGAGGCCGCCCUGAAGCCGUCAGAGCAGCAGCAGCAGCAGCUGCUGCUGCAGCAGCAGCAGCUGCAGCAGCAGCAGCAGCAGCUGCAGCAGCAGCAGCAGCAGCAGCAAGUGGCGCUGCUGGGCAUGGGGGGCAAGGAUUAUCUUGAGGCAGAAAACAAGGCACUGCAGCAGCAGCAGCAGCUGCAGCAGCAGCAGCAGCAGCAGCAAGUGGCGCUGCUGGGCAUGGGGGGCAAGGAUUAUCUUGAGGCAGAAAACAAGGCACUGCGCCAGCAGACGCUGCAGCUGGAGUCUUCACUGGAGCUGCUGCAGCAGGAGCUGAAGCAGCUGCAGCAACAGCUGCAGCAGCAGCAGCAGCAGCAGGAGCAACAGCUGCAGCAGCAGCUCGACCAGCAGCAGCAGCAGCAGCAGCAGCAGCAGCAGCAGCAGCUGCUGGUGACGCUGCCGCAGGGAGCAGCAGCAGAAGCAGAAAUGCUAGCAGCAAAAGAAACAGAAAUAAAACUUUUAAAAAUUAAUUUCAAAAAAAGAAUUGAUGAAGAAAAAUCCAAACUUGCAGAAACUGUCAUCCAACUCCAAAUGGCCUACGAGCAGCAAAUCAACACGUUGUCCAACAAGCACAAGGUGGAGCUAGCUGAGCUGGAAGCAGCAAACAGCAGCAAAAUAAAUGAAUUGGAAGUUGAAAUCAGCAGCCUCAGGACGCAGCAGCACAAGCAGCUGCAGCUGCUGCGGCAAAACGAGGAAAAGGGUUUGCUGCAGCCCAGUAUAGAAGAGUUAAGGGCCGAGUUAGCUGCUGCUCGCACGCAGCUGCAGCAGCAGCAGCGGCAGCACGCAGCAGCUCUGGAGGAGGAGCAGCAGCGGUUUGCUGCAGCAGAGAAGGCGCUGAGGGAGCGCCUGUGGCAGCAGCAGCAGCAGCAGCAGCAGCAGCACGAGCUGCUGCUGCAGAUGAGAGAAGGAGAAUUUAAAUCUCAAUUAAAUAAACAAAAAGCAGAAGCAGAAAGAGAGCUAAAGGAGGAAAGAGACAGAGCAGACCAAACCCUCAAAAACACCCUAGAAGAGCACGGGCGAGCGGUGGAGCGACUGCGACUGAGUCAUCUUUUGGAACUUCAAUCAAUAAAAGACAAAAAGAAAAUAAAAGAAAAGUUGGAAGAAGAAAUUGAAAAAGGAAAAGUCCAUUCAAGUGCUGCAGCAGCAGAAAGAGCCCUUGCAGACGCCCUCAGCAGCCACAAACAAGAGAUGCAGCUGCUGCAGCUGCAGCACUCCAACGAGCUGCAGCAGCAGCGGGCUUCGCAUGAAGCAGCAAUAUGUGAAAUUCGGGGGGGUUAUGAAAAGCUGCUGCUGGAGCAGCAGCGGGGCGCAGCAGCAGCAGCAGCAGCAGCAACAGCAGCAGCAGAGCAAACCCUGCAAGCAGCAGCAGACUCUUUUGCUGCUAAACUCAAAUCAACAGAAACCCUCUUUCAAGAAAGACUCAAAGAAGCUGCUGAAAGUGCAGCACAAGAGAGAGAAACCCUCAUUCAAAGGCGCGCUAAACCCUAA